GAGAGAGAGAGAGAGAGAGAGAGAGAGAGAGAGAGAGAGAGAGAGAGACCAAAAAUUGCCAUUAAGGUAAAGCUUAGAAAACGCGGACAAAAUUGGACCAUAUAAUGACAUGUGGAAUUAAAGGAACUAGCCCACGGAAAAUAUAUUCGGUUAAGGGAGAGUAGAGAUAUGAAUGAUUAGUAGAAUUGAUUAGUGGAAUUUAAAUAAUUGGUUAAGGGAGAGUAGAGAUAUGAAUGAUUAGUGGAAUUUAAAUAAUCGUAGAAUCUCAUAUAUGUGGCAAAAGUUUUGAGAAAGUGACAAAUGGAAAAAAAAACUUUCAGAUAUUCUCCUAAUUCAAAUACAAGAAACUAAUAUCGUAUUGAGUUUAUAAAACGUAUGAAGCACGAUAUUCUUCAAUGUCAAUAAAACAUCAUAAAUAAACCCAUAUAAGGUAAGUAUUACCAUUCGCAUUCCUGUUGACUGUUGUUGACCUUAAAUCAAGCACCAAUAAAUAAAUAAGUAAAAAAAAAAACAGGUCAGAAAAUAUGAGAUGGGGUGGGGAUCAAAAGAAGAUCUUAAAUUAAAGCACCACCACAAACUCGGAUUGUGGGAGGAGCCCAAAAUAUCCCCAUGACUAUGUCUAUACCCCACCGCCUCCUAAAUUAUCCCCUUCUCAUUCAUUAUUGCCUUCAAAAACUCAACCUCCUUUAUUUUCAUCAUAUUUUAUCUUAAUCUGCAUUCAUUCCUGAAAGCCCGAUUAUAUAUACAUAUAUAUAAAAGAAAAAGAAAAAAGAAAACAAACUCCUGUUUUAAUUUAUCAAACCCCUCUCCCUGUACUUGUGUUUUAAGAGUUUAGAUCAUGGUUGCUCUCACUUCAGUCACCCCACACUCAUCUAAUAAGCUCUAUCCUACUCCAUUUAUUUGUUAUUCAAACUCUGUAAAUGAAAACACAUCUUCUUCUUCUUCUUCUUCUUCCAAUUUCAUUGCCAUCAACCCAAUCAAAAGGAGACACUCUCACUCUCUCUCCAGGUUAACAAUCCGAAGCAGUGCAGCAACCAAACCACCAAAAUCACCUGCCGAACAAGACUGGAAGACAAAGAGGGAGCUCCUCCUAGAAAAAAGGGUUCGAAGUGUGGAUGUUAAGGAAGCCCUACGCCUUCAGCAAGAAAACAGCUUUGUGAUUCUUGAUGUGAGACCCAUAGCCGAGUUUAAAGAGGGUCAUCCACCAGGUGCUAUCAAUGUGCAAAUAUACAGGCUUAUAAAAGAGUGGACAGCAUGGGACAUUGCAAGACGAGCUGCAUUUGCAUUUUUUGGUAUCUUUGCUGGAACUGAAGAAAAUCCUGAGUUUUUGCAAGAUGUUGCAUCCAAAUUAGAUAAAAACUCAAAGAUUAUAGUAGCUUGCUCUUCUGGAGGUACAAUGAAACCUACACAAAAUCUUCCCGAAGGCCAACAAUCAAGGUCCCUUAUAGCUGCCUACCUGCUAGUUCUGAAUGGUUAUAAUAAUGUCUUCCAUUUGGAGGGAGGAUUGUAUCAAUGGUUCAAAGAAGAUCUACCUAUAGAGUCAGAAGAAGAAGAAUGAAGUUUUGAGCCACCAAGAAUAUUUUUUUUUUAACCUUAGUUCAAAACUUUUCCAUUAAACAAUUAUUGAUUUAAUAGCAUUACUCUUUGUUUUGGUUAUAUCUUUGAAUUGGGUGUUUCAUGUUUGUUAACAAUUGUCAUGUUUGGUAUCCUGUUCGACAAUGUUCUACCUAUAACGAGGAGUUGGAUUGACUAUUGGAAAAGUGCAUUACCUUGUGAUAUACUUCAAAAUCCAGAAGAAUAAACACCUUUUUUUUUUUUUUUGCUUAAGCCAAUAAAGAAGCUCUUGCCAUGGCUAGUGCACCCUCAUAAGUCUUGUUUCCACCAAUAAAUCCACUUGAAUGU